AGCGGACAUACCCGCGACGAAACUGUUUAAAUACUCCUCCUCUACAACUGUCCGUCCAUCGUCCUCUCCCUUCGUAUUCCGCUGCAUUUCGAUUCUAAUUCCCAUGCACGCUGUACCCCUCAUCAACCACCCCUGCACCCUAUGCUGCCGGCCCACUUCUAUGUGGUGCAGCCGUUGCCAAAGUGCCUGGUAUUGCACACCUGAACAUCUCAGUAGUGACUGGCCCCGACAUCGGAAAGAAUGUAUGCCGGCCCAGAAUGCAUCCGGCGGUUACAGCUUGAAUAUGAUCGCGACACCACCACCAGCAGAGCCACAGUAUAUAACUGUCUCUGCGAUUCUAUUUGACCCGGUGGAGGAGCGUCCGCGAAUAAUCUCUGUGACUUGCCGGCCGUCACAUAAACCGACGGAAGGCAUCUGUCCAGUGCCCAUGGUCCACAAUCACUUCCCUGAUGGCCUCUCAGAAGGCAUCGUUCUUACCCAGGGUCUAAAUGGCGAACCGCUGCGAUUCCCAUUGCACCUCUGGUAUUCUCCUACUGCCCUCCAAAAAUCAUCACCUGUUAAUCGUGCCAUAUAUCACAUAACUUCUGGGGCUGCUCCCAAGGCGUGGUGUGGUGCAGUCAUUGUCUUAAAAUUCAACGGAUCUCGGAGACAGGGUUAUGCUGAUGCCGGUUCUAAUGACCUUCCAGCGCUGUCGGCCUAUUUCCUUGCUUAUAAGUAAAAAAGCGUACUGUCACGGUUUGUUUAUUCAAGUGGAUACCGUGCCAUCACCUUCGAUGUUCCUUCUU